UACUAAUAAAUUAUUGUGGUCUAAAACCAGGUGUUUCAGUUUCAUUGUCCAACCCCUGUAUAUUGAAGAAGUAUUUGGCCAAGAUUCACUGCUUCAUAAAAUGUUGUCUCUUCUCUGAUGUUAAAGUAUUUUUGAGGUUUCUUUUGAUUUUCUCUUCUUCAGUUAUGGCAUCCUGACCAUUUUAUUGGCUGUUUCAGAGGAGGUCUCUGCAUAUAGUAAUGAUCAAUUGAAGGAUGUAUCUCUCAGGUGUCUCAGGUGUUUGCUGGACUUUUCUGUUUCUUCAGAAGAUUCUUUUUACAUUCCAUCUGGAGGAAAGAAAAAUAAUUACUGGUUAAAUUUUCUUGUGCUUUUAAUUGCAUAUUAGACAGUAUUUACAUAAAAGAUUUUAUAAUAACACAUAAUCGAAGGUGACUGCAGUUGCAAUUGAUUCGCCACAUACAGUAGUUGGUAAAUAAAACAUCUAUUUUCUACUGUUCUAUACUUUACAUGAAAAAUAAAACAGGAAACAUUUAGCAUAAAAUCUGCAGUUCUACAUGUUCUGGUUCUAUGUGCCUCCCCCCCACUGAUUCCUGUGAAAUCCUGAAAGCCUCCCUCCUUACACAAGUCUCAGAUUGGAUCAGACCCUCUUUCCAUGAAUCAACAGCUCAGCUGAGCUGGAGGGGAGACCUGCUGCAGUCAAAGCCCCACAAAGGUUUAAUGAUGUCAUCCAACCUCCUUCUUUGGGGAGGAGCUGUGGUGUUAUGCUCCAUGGCUUCACCCAUCCUACCUUUCUCCCACGGAGCAAGCCGCACUUCCUGUCAGGAGAUGAUUCCUGGACACAUCCGUGCUCAUCCCUUGGACCUGAAGCACAGCUUUAUCACCAUACAAACCUCUGCCGCCUCAUACUUGCCUGGGCAGUUAAUAACAGUCACUGUAAGAAGCUCCAGAGACUUCAUGGGUUUUCUGCUCCAGGCCCGUAGUGUUGGUGGUGAAAGAAAUGGGUUUGUUGGAGGUCCUGAAAUCAGGACGGAGAGACUUGGCCCACUUCUGGUUGGUGGCUUCUGGAUUCGAACUCCGCCAGGAACCCACACUUUACGCUGUCUCUUCGAAGGUGACACAGUCACACAUUCUGACAAACAGCUGAAGAGAAACCUCUCGUUUGUGUGGAGAGCUCCUGACAUGCCGAAGGGAGACAUCCGGUUCCACAUCUCUGUGGUACAAUCCUAUUUCAUAUACUGGACUGGUAUUGAGUCUGCAGUGGUGCGUGAUCAGAGUCCUAGAGCUUGGAGAGGUAGUAAGCCCAAAAUGGUGGAUGGAGCAAGCACAGCGUUUGCUGUGCAAGUGACAGUUACUGCCCAGACAGCAAACAAAGCACCAAAGAAACAAACUAAGGGAAGAGCCACUCCUGCCCCUUUCCUGAGAAACCCAUCAAAUAUAAAAAGUGCAACUGAGAUUCUAAAAUUUCUCAAAAUACAAACCCAAGAUGAUGAUACAACCUUAGAAGCAAACAGCUCAGUGACUUUAAAGAAGGCUUUGACAUUAGGAUCUCUUCCAAGCAACACCCAAGCAACUCCUGGGCCCCUUGCAGAUGUGUCCAAUGAGGUAACAACUGACCCUUUUUCUUAUACCACCAGCACCUGCACCUUAACAUCAACCUUAACUGACUCUAGAAAUAUGGUUACUACAACAAAUUUUCCAUUGGCCACAUUUUCUCCACUAGACCCUCUUGGCCCGUUAUUCGCACAAAAGGACAAACAGACAAAAAGCAAUGAUCUGCAGAUAAAUUCACAGGAGCAAAAACUGAACCACAAUCCUGGAAGAAAACAUUACAUGACACUGACUCGAAACACAACCCAAGGUCCAUCUAUAAGAAGAUUCUACAGCCCAUUUACCCCUGGACCUGCAUACCACAAUUUGAAAGAUCCAAUCAAAACAAAAUCUACAACGUUUGAGACCUUAAGUUUCUCAGAGAAACUGGGUGACAAUUUUCCGACUAAGUCUCAAAUGAGCAUAAAGAAGACAGAAGAAACUCCAUCCUACCAAGUGUCUUCUUUGUCAUCAAAAGAUCUUAGGUCCAAAACUGAUACAAGUCAAACCUCUAUAGGACCCAAAAGUACCCCAAAACAAACCAGUUCACCUCAAACAACCAUGCCUAACAUUAAUCAAUCCCUGCCUGUAACUAAACCAACUCAAGCUCAACAAAGACAAAAACUCCAAUCUUACACUUUGAGACUCUCUUCCCAAAUACUGUCCCAAACAAGAAGGGUUUUUUCUCAAUACUUUGUAACUCCUCAACCAGUUCCAGUUUCCACUGGAGAAAGAGAUCUUAAGUCUCGUGAAAAUACUAAAACAAUGACACCGGUUUUAGGUUUUGUUCGCUCGAACACACCAUCGUCCUUUUCAGCUUCCAACCACCUUGACGUUUCCUCCUCCGCUGAUUCUUUAAGCAGUUCUCUUGUUAUUCACCUCAGUGAAAACAUCAACUUACAUGUAUCUGGGGGAUCAGUCACAUCAACAUCUUCCAUUCAUUCCCGCUCUCCCUCUUCCAACAACAGACCUAAAACAACCCCAGCUCAUUCUGUACCCCCCGUACCUUCCCCAAUCUCCAUGCCUCAUUUAAGCUCUGCUCAACGAUACUAUACCACCACCCAGUCAACCUUCCCUACAUCUUCCACCAUUUUUUCCUUCAGUCCCUCCAAUUAUCCAUCAACAUCAUCCUUGCCUACUUCAACCUUCCCCCCAAGUACAAGUUCUAGGUUUUCGUCAACUUCUACUUCUACUAGGUCCCCAGCUUUCUCAUCCCUCAUCUCUUUAAAUUCAUUUUUUUACCCUUCUACUCAUACUUUAUCUCCUCCCUCCUUCGCACCUACCUCCCCUUCAACAUCACCACCCUUAAUAGCCACUUCAUCAUCUUUUAUUUCACCCAUCACCUCCCCUUACCCAGAACCAACCUCAGCACACCAUCAUUUUAUUAACACUCCAUUCCCAUCAUCUGUGUCUAACAAAAUCACUGUAGAUGAGAGACCGAUUACCCAGACCGACUAUUCAACCUCUAAGACACACUUCACCACACCAGCACACAGGAAAGUUGUCCACCAAAACCCCAAACCUUAUCCCAACCUCAGACCAAAUCAUGGCCAAGAGAUCAAACCAAACAUUCACAAUAUGGAUACCAAGCCAAAGCGUCCCUCAGAUCCCUCUGAGACUCCAAACAAAGAAGGAAAGUUUCCAGACAUUAUCCCUAGACACAGUGCCUGGGAGCUGGGCAUGCUGUUGGGCUGCUCAGCUGGUUUGGGCAUGGUGCUGGUGGCGGGGGUGAGGUACGUCUACCGGCAGGCCUGCGGUAGGAGGACAGAGGUCACGUUGAAUGACCGGGAACGAGAGUAUGGGAGAGGGGAGCCUGGACUGAUUCAACUCCAGGAAUGUGGGGAUUUGGUCAGAGUUAGAAAAAUCAGAGAAAACAGUUUGGUGCUUCUGGCAGAGUAUGACAUACUAGCAUCACCUACAAACUGAAAUAGAGACCCAAAGACUGAUGGGUACAAACAUCAGAAAGACAAAUACUGCAUUGAAGACAACAAAGAAUAUUGUUUAAGAAACAUUGGAAUCAUAAAUAAAUCUUGGGGCUUCAACUGUCCUGUCCAAGACUUCUGGAACUGAUCAGGAGGAGUUUGUUUAUAAGUCAAGGGAUAUUAUCAUUUAUUUCCCAAACUUAUUGCUAUAACACCAACUUUAUACCAGUAGGGAAAGUUCCACCUUUGUUUUAGGAAUUUUAUCAUAAUUAUAGUGUCCUUAUGUUUCUUUUGACAUGCUAAUAGAUGCUAUAUACACUACCAGUCAAACGUUUUAGAUUCACUUUCCUACUUAAUGGGUCUCUUAAUUUUAUUGACUAUUUAAAUUGUACAUCUUACCAAAGGCAACAAACCUGUGAAUGAACACACAUGGA